AUGUUCGUUGUCUGGCAUCGAUCAUAAUUUAUUUACUCGUCUUACUGUACGUUCAGUAUUCUAAAAUGAAAUUUAUUGUCUUUAUAAUAAUAAUUGUGAGCGCAAUAGCUCUGAGUGUAUCCUCUGACUGUUCAGACGGAAGUGUAAACAAUUCGCAAAAUGAUGACAAACAAUUCACCUUCUUCUCUACUUACUUCGAUUAUCUAUUGAACGAGCAAUAUGAAAAAACAUCAACCGAAAUAGCGGACGCGUGGCUGAAAUGCAAUGAAACGUAUUCCGUGCCUUUCGAUGAAGGCAUCGACAUGUUUCAAAAUCCACCGCGGGGUGACGAGCGUUAUAUGAGAAGAGAAGCUAAAUGCCUUGUAGACUGUACGAUGCGUAACACGGGCGUGAUGACCGAUGAGGGCUUUCAAGUGGAACAAUAUAUGAGACAUGUCAAACAACUGCGUUUCAAUUACACAUCAUUCGACAUAGACAAAAGACCAGCAGGUGCGAAGCGAGAUAUGUUGGCUACUAUUUGGAAACGAAGCAGUGGUUGUGGUAGCUACGGAACUAUUCUGAAUUACUCAUGGGCUGCCCGUCAAUGUAGUGAUGUUAGGGAUCCGGAAGGCGACAACUGCGAAACUGCUUGGCUCAUUAUGCGGUGUAUGAUGAAUCGAAAGAGAGAGCGACUCUAUAACAGCCCGUUUUUCCCGGUUUUGUUGAAAGAGUUACAAUAGUCGAUACAGAAUCGUUGGCCUUUUAAUACGUCGACAUUCAAUUAACCUAAGAUUUCAUUUGUGUAUUCAAUCGAAGUGGCUUAAGUUCCUGGUUCCUAAAUUAAGGAGUUCGAAUAAAAUUUUGUUUUUGUUGCAAAA